AACAGCUGAUUUUGAUAGUGCCGCCCUGGUUGCGUGGAUGUUUCGAUUAAAGUUGAAUUUUAAUUAAUAUUCGCCGGUUAUCACAGAAAUGGCCCCGCCAAAGGCCGCCAGCAACCGUUCGGCGUUGCGGCGUAAAAAGUCUGGAACUUUAGUGGACUCCAUCCUGGACAAAUACCUCAAUGUGCGGUUCUUCAAGUAUCUUAUUCUGGAACCGGCUGCUCUGCCCAUAGUUGGACUUUUUGUGCUCCUCGCAGAGGCGGUGAUCAACGUGGUGGUCAUCCAGAGGGUUCCCUACACGGAGAUCGACUGGGUGGCCUACAUGCAGGAGUGCGAGGGAUUCCUCAACGGAACCACAAAUUAUUCGUUGCUACGCGGUGACACCGGACCUCUGGUGUAUCCGGCUGCCUUCGUUUACAUCUACUCCGCUCUCUACUAUGUGACGUCCCACGGAACGAAUGUGCGCCUGGCGCAGUACAUCUUCGCCGGGAUCUACCUGCUCCAGCUGGCUCUGGUGCUCCGGCUGUACGCGAAGAGCCGCAAGGUGCCUCCUUAUGUCCUGGUGCUCAGCGCCUUCACCUCGUACCGCAUCCACUCCAUUUACGUGCUGCGACUCUUCAACGAUCCGGUGGCGAUUCUGCUGCUCUAUGCUUCUCUCAAUCUCUUCCUGGAUCGCCGAUGGACUUUGGGUAGCACCUUCUUCAGCUUGGCAGUGGGCGUUAAGAUGAACAUCCUGCUGUUUGCCCCCGCUCUCUUCCUAUUCUACCUGGCUAAUUUGGGACUGGUAAAAACUAUCCUCCAGUUGGCCGUUUGUGGAGUUAUACAACUGCUGCUGGGAGCUCCUUUCCUGCUCACAUACCCUGUGGAAUAUCUCCGGGGAAGCUUCGAUUUGGGCCGCAUAUUCGAACACAAGUGGACUGUUAACUACAGAUUUUUGAGCAGAGAGCUCUUCGAAAACCGCACCUUUCACUUGUCCCUAUUGGGUUUACAUUUGCUGCUGCUUUUAGCCUUUGCUAAACCUACUUGGACCUUCUUCAAAAGCUACGUCCGCCUGCGACGCGUCGAGGAUCAACUGCAGCCACAAAUAGCGCAGCAGAAUCGUGAGGUGAAGACUCAGAGAAAGUUGAGAAAGCUGGAAAAGGACACGGAUCAUAAGAAGUUUUCAUCGGAGCAACAGUCUUUCCUGAAAGCCUUUGAAAAAAGCCUGCAAAAGGCAUCCGGGGGAAAGUCAAUUCCAUCUACUGCCCAGUCAGAACCGGAGCGCUAUGGCAUCCACUUCGACCGCUGCACUCAGCUGGCGCUGCUUCCAUUCUUUCUCUCCAACUUAGUGGGCGUGGCCUGUUCCCGAUCCUUGCACUAUCAGUUCUACGUUUGGUACUUCCACUCGCUGCCCUAUUUGGCCUGGUCCACGCCCUAUUCGCUGGGAGUGCGAUAUCUCAUUCUGGGCCUGAUCGAGUACUGCUGGAACACCUAUCCGAGCACGAAUUUUUCCAGCGCCGCCCUGCACUUCACCCACAUCCUGCUGCUCGCUGGUGUGGCCAAGCAACUCAUCCAGACCAUGCGACUGAAUAAUGCGGCCAAGAAGGAACAGCAGGAGCAGCAGAAGAAGGUUCAGUAGAUGGAGGAACUUUCACGCCACAGUGCCACCUUAAACAUUUUUGAUUAUGCCAAAAAAUGAAAUAAAAAGUACAUUAUAAACUA